AUGCGACGUAUACAACAAAUAUCAGAACCAGCAACAAACUACUACCUGCCACAUCAUGGGGUUCUGAGGGAAGAUUCGCUAACCACGAAGCUUCGAGUAGUCUUCAACGGCUCCAACAAGACAUCAACGGGUAUCUCACUCAACGACAUCCUCCACGCGGGCGGAAAGCUUCAAGUGGAUGCAAUGGAUGUACUAACAUGGUUGAGACGACAUCGACUCGUCUUCGGCACCGACAUCGUUAAGAUGUUUCGACAAAUCAACGUACACCCUGACGAUUGGAAUCUUCAACGCAUUCUUUGGAUAAACAACAAUCAACAACUUGUGACAUACCAACUAACAACGGUCACAUAUGGACAGAAAUGCUCUCCAUGGCUCUCUUUGAGAGUUCUUCAACAACUCGUUAACGAUGAAGGUCAACGAUUCCCUGCAGCAGUGCUACCGCUAACUAAAGGCCGCUAUGUCGACGACAUUUACGGUGGAGCGCACUCUGAGGGAGAAUUCAAAGAAAUGAUAAUCCAACUUCAACAGAUCUGCCAGGCGGGCGGAUUUCCACUUCAAAAGUGGACCAGUAAUCGCCCAGAGAUACUCCAACAGCUCAACUUGUCAACGGGACCGGCAGGUACAGUGCAAUUCGAGGAAGCAGUCAUCAAAACGCUCGGAUUGUGCUGGCAUCCAGCAACAGAUUUAUUUCAAUAUAAAUCUAGAACAUUCAACUCAACGAGCUUCACCAAGAGAGUACUGCUAUCGGAAAUAGCUCAAAUUUUCGAUCCUCUUGGAUUCAUCGCACCAGUCAUUGUUCGAGGAAAAAUACUCAUCCAAGAGCUAUGGCUGCUCAAACUCGCUUGGGAUGAUCAACUUCCACUCGACUAUGUUCGAAGGUGGAAAGAGUUCAGGGAGGAACUCACGCAACUAAAUCAACUGUCAAUCCCAAGAUGGCUAAAUCUAUCUCCAACGACUACCAACGUACAAAUACAUGGAUUUGCCGACGCAUCAACAGCUGCCAUGGGAGCAGUCGUUUAUCUACGAGUUCAACGAGACAACGAAACACCAACAAUCAGCUUGGUGUGUGCAAAAACAAGAGUUGCACCACUGAAAAAGCUGACGAUUCCACGCCUGGAGCUAACCGCGGCCCUUCUGCUAACAAAAAUUGUCAGCUGGGCACAACGCACAUUGGCAAUCAACGGAGAGACAUACCUCUGGUCUGAUUCUUCUGUAGCUUUGGCAUGGAUCAACAGCCAUCCAUCGAAAUGGAAGGAAUUCGUUCACAAUAGAGUAACGAAAAUCCAGGAAGCAUUACCAACAGCCGUAUGGAGACAUGUUGGUGGGAUUUACAACCCUGCUGACUGCGCUUCACGUGGCAUUUCACCGAGUCAACUCAACGAACAUCACCUUUGGUGGAAAGGGCCUGACUGGCUAGUAAAACCGCCGUCAGCCUGGCCACAAAAUACAACCAGUUCUCCAACGGAGGUGUCUCUUGAAGAGAGACCAGCAACAGCUCACCCAGUAGCUGCUGAAGCUAGGCAGCAUCCACUGACAGAGUUCCUCAACAGAUAUUCUACUUAA